CCCUGAGUUCUUGUGAAAUGAAAGUGAACAAUAUAUUUUCUGUCUAGUCAUAUGGCACAUCGAGAGAGAAGUUUGUUUGUUUUUAAUGACUAUUUCGCAUUGCUAUUGAUAAUAAUCUGAUAUUUCUUUUUAAAUCAGAAGUGGUAGUUGUGACCGGUAAGGCAAAAUGGCAGAAGCUGGUUUUCCAAGUAAGCCAAGGAUGGGAAAAGUUUGCACCUGUGUCGUAGGUCAUACUUUCAAUUCUGAUAAGGACUUGGUAAGACAACUCACUGGCCGAGGAGACUGUACUGAAGUGUCACUAGAGGAGAGUGAUGUCAUCAUAAUGAUCUGUCCUAUGGUCAGUGACUUUGGAACUCUGGACCUUGAUAUACAACUGGAGGUGGUCUCAGACUACCUAGCUGGUAGACCUGUUGUUCUGGUGGUGCUGCAUCAUGACACUUUCAACCCAGACUCCACUAUACCUGACAGCAGCAGACUAGUGACCAGGGGUGAGGUAAUACUCACAGUGGACUGUCUAUUUAAUCACAGAGGACUGCUGGACUGUCCUCGCAAUAAAGAAGCAGUCGAUAUGAUUCUGAAGAGGCUAAACGUACAACCAAAGCAGGAAUUCACAGAAGGUAAGCCAAGGAUGGGAAAAGUUUGCACCUGUGUCGUAGGUCAUACUUUCAAUUCUGAUAAGGACUUGGUAAGACAACUCACUGGCCGAGGAGACUGUACUGAAGUGUCACUAGAGGAGAGUGAUGUCAUCAUAAUGAUCUGUCCUAUGGUCAGUGACUUUGGAACUCUGGACCUUGAUAUACAACUGGAGGUGGUCUCAGACUACCUAGCUGGUAGACCUGUUGUUCUGGUGGUGCUGCAUCAUGACACUUUCAACCCAGACUCCACUAUACCUGAAAGCAGCAGACUAGUGACCAGGGGUGAGGUAAUACUCACAGUGGACUGUCUAUUUAAUCACAGAGGACUGCUGGACUGUCCUCGCAAUAAAGAAGCAGUCGAUAUGAUUCUGAAGAGGCUAAACGUACAACCAAAGCAGGAAUUCACAGAAGGUAAGCCAAGGAUGGGAAAAGUUUGCACCUGUGUCGUAGGUCAUACUUUCAAUUCUGAUAAGGACUUGGUAAGACAACUCACUGGCCGAGGAGACUGUACUGAAGUGUCACUAGAGGAGAGUGAUGUCAUCAUAAUGAUCUGUCCUAUGGUCAGUGACUUUGGAACUCUGGACCUUGAUAUACAACUGGAGGUGGUCUCAGACUACCUAGCUGGUAGACCUGUUGUUCUGGUGGUGCUGCAUCAUGACACUUUCAACCCAGACUCCACUAUACCUGACAGCAGCAGACUAGUGACCAGGGGUGAGGUAAUACUCACAGUGGACUGUCUAUUUAAUCACAGAGGACUGCUGGACUGUCCUCGCAAUAAAGAAGCAGUCGAUAUGAUUCUGAAGAGGCUAAACGUACAACCAAAGAUAUAGUUACAACUUAUAGCCCACUUUAAGUUAUUUAGCACAGCACUUGCACACCGCACACUGCUUGUUUAAGUGGGUUGAGUUUUGGCCAGCCUGGCGACAUAAAUUAGUUAAAAGACAAUUAAGAAAGGGAGUUCCAAACGUCUCUGCCAAUAACAGCUAGUUUUCAGUUUUCCCCUCCCCACUCAGACCACUCCCAGACAGUCCUAGGAAAAUUAUGUUCAGCUCAAUGUAUGAUUGAAUUGUAUAAGCACUUCUUUCAAUCAACUUAUGGAAACCACCAAAAUGACUAUUGGAGGGAUGCAAUGAAUUGUAUAUUGAUGUUGAAUUGAGUUUUCAACUGACACGAGUUGAAUAUAUUGUACAUUAAACAACAACUAAAAACAAUUGUAAAAGGAAUUAAACAGUUUGCCCUAUUGAAUGUGCAUUGAUUGAAACCUGAAGUCAUCUGAAAUAAAAUCUUCAAAUGCUGAUGACGCCUUGCAAAUGCAAUAAAAACAAACAGCUUUGAUGAAA